AUGCCGCCCGCGGGAUCUCCAGCCACGCUCUUCGCGUCCUCUCCGCGCUCGUACGGGAGCAUAGACAACAGAGAGCAACCGACCGUUCACGAAUACACUGAAGAGGCAGGAAACCCUUUCAAGGACAUCCCCAGCCCCACAGAGAGCUGCUCAUCAACCUGCUAUCAAACCCCUAGGGCCGAUCGGUUCUCACACACACUGCCUACCAUUAGCCUCCCAGGACGCCAGACGUCCUUCUCCAAGAAAGACGCUGCGACGCUUCUGGAAGAAGAUACAACACGAGCAACCCAACAUCAAACCGUGAUCCUAUCUCCCACAGAGAAAAUGGAGAAAAUAGAGAAAAUGCCACAUACAGAUCACCCCUUUAUCGCGGAAUUCCUCCCUCUUCCACCGACGCCCGCGAUAAUCUCCCAACAGGCCUCUGACGACCGCUACUUCAUCCCCACCAGAGAACUCCCAAUGCCGCAGCGCGGUUGCUGCGCGCAGCUCGGCUUCCUACUCGUCACCCUCUGCCCCAUCCUCAUCGUCCCGCUCUUCUGCACCUUCGCGCUCCUCGGCCUCUGGAUCCCAAAAUCCGGCGGCGAAAACGCCCUUGCGCUGCUGCCUCAACUGACGGCGCCUGGUGUCACCAUGACGUUGAUUCCCGUGCCGACGGAGACUAUCACUCGGACUGUGUGGCCUACAAGCAGCGCCCUCGUAGAGAGCACGAGCAUCGUGGUCGACGACCCGGCGAUUUCUAUAUAUCCUGAUGCUGUGCGUCCUAAGGGAGGGCUAUCUCCUUAA